UCGUGUUGCUUUAAUGCUUUUGAACUUUUAAUAAACAAACAUGAUCAUGCAUUAACACUAUUUCUGUGGAGGAAAUGAGAAAACAAAAAGCGAAGUCUUGCUCUCCGAAACCUUUUAGAGCUUGGACUCCUAUGAGCACGACAAAAGGUUUGUUUGCCCCAAGACGUCGAGGAGGGUAUACGAGUGAUGUUCUGUUGCUUCCCAGAUUAAAAGAGUUUUUACAUGGCUUUCUGUGGGAAAGAAAGCCAUCAGUCGACGAUGCUGUCGAUUACUUACAAAAAACAUACAGAGAUUAUUCAAGGAAAAAGAAAGCUCCUUUCAGGACAAGUGUUCAAAUGAUUUACGAUGAAUUGAAAUGCAACGAGAUGAAACUGAAAGCAGAGAAAAGAAAACGGUAUGAUGAAGACGAUGCCUUGUCAGACAAAUGUAGUGCUGCAGAAGAUACCGUGUCCUUUUCAUCUGAUUCUGAGUUAUCUGAAGAUGAGGAAGGAGAUAGUCUUUGCACGGAAAAUUUGGUGAACUGCUCCAUGCACGAGAUGUACCAAACAUCAAACGCGAGAAUUUCCGAUGGCAAAACACCAUCGACGAUGGUUGAAGUGGAGACGAGUUCUCCAAUGGAAAAAGGUUAUUCCAUUCACGACCAUCUCCGAAUGUCCGAAAACACGCCCGAGCUAGUUAUUAAGAAUGACGAGGAAAAGGAAGAAAAGGUUGAGAAGUAUGGAUCGAGUAAAGACAGAAGACGAAAAACACGUCGGACGUCGACGCUUUCAGAUGAAACGAAGAAGAAGUCCAGUGUGAACAACAAUCUUGUUGAAAGCAACGAAAUCGAAAUACCGCGCGUUCCUCUGAUGAAAUUUUCAGAUCUCGGAGGCUGUAAAAAUACGAUCCAGGAUGUUUGUAAGCUGUUGGUCCACAUCAAACAUCCGGAAGUAUUUGACACCCUGGGGAUCACUCCUCCAGGGAUUUUGCUCCACGGCCCACCAGGAUGUGGAAAAUCGUUGUUUGCUCACGCCAUCGCUGGCGAACUCGACGUGCCGAUUUUCAACGUCGCUUCGACCCAAUUGAUUUCUGGUAUAUCAGGCGAAUCCGAGGGCAAGAUUCGUGACGUGUUUCGACGCGCGUGGGAUCAUUCACCGUGUGUGUUGUUCAUUGAUGAAAUCGAUGCGAUAACACCUAAACGUGAGAACGCAUCGAAGGAAAUGGAGCGACGUAUUGUUGCACAAUUGCUUUCUUGUUUGGAUGAAAUGAACAGAAACAAGGACGUUCGUGUGCUUGUGAUUGGUGCAACAAACAGGCCUGACUCCCUUGAUCCAGCUUUAAGACGCGCAGGAAGGUUUGAUCGUGAGAUACGAAUGGGCAUUCCUGAUGAACGAGCAAGAGAAGAAAUUCUUUGUGUGCAGUGCAAAGGUCUAAAAUUGCAAGAAGAGUUCGAUUACAAGUCUUUGGCAAGUCAGACGCCCGGAUUUGUUGGUGCUGACCUAACCGCUCUUGUACGAGAAGCGGCAAUGUGUGCUGUAACCAGGAUAUUUAACGAAAGUGAAACAGGAUGCUCUGAAAACCAUUCAAUGGUACUACGAAACUCGACGAAUUUGACGGACCCUAAUAAACAGAAAAGUGUCAUGGAUUUGUUCAAAAGCAGUGAAGCUAUUUUUACCGAAAACCAACUUAAAGACUUAUGUAUUACAAUGGACGACUUUAAGCAAGCAUUACGUGAUGUUCAACCCUCAGCUAAGCGUGAAGGUUUUGCUACAAUCCCAGACGUCACGUGGGAAGAUGUCGGCGCAUUAGAAGAUGUCAGGGAAGAGUUGACGAUGGCUAUAAUAGCUCCCGUACGUCACCGCGAGGCUUUCAAUGAACUUGGUCUGACCAAUCCCCCCGGAAUAUUACUGGCCGGACCACCUGGAUGUGGGAAAACGUUACUUGCUAAGGCCAUCGCCAACGAAUCUGGGAUCAACUUUAUUUCCGUGAAAGGACCAGAACUUUUGAACAUGUAUGUCGGUGAAAGCGAAAGAGCCGUACGUCAAGUGUUUCAACGUGCCCGCAACUCAGCACCAUGUGUGAUCUUCUUUGACGAACUGGAUGCGCUGUGUCCACGACGAUCGCUUAGCAACGAGUCGACGGCUAGCGCACGUGUUGUUAAUCAGUUGUUGACGGAAAUGGAUGGUCUGGAGACAAGGAAACAGGUUUUCAUCAUGGCAGCAACCAACAGACCUGAUAUCAUUGAUCCAGCUAUAUUGCGACCUGGGCGCCUUGAUAAAACACUUUACGUUGGUUUACCGCAAGAGAAAGAUAGAUUAGCGAUCUUGAACACUUUAACGAAGGGUGGAUCGAAGCCAAGACUUGGCAACGAUGUGGAUUUGAAGGCAAUCGCUUCGGAUGGUCGCUGUGAAGGAUUUUCAGGUGCUGAUCUUUCUGCUUUGAUUCGAGAAGCGUGCGUUAACGCAUUGCGCGACUGUAUUAAAGGUAGUCAAUCUGACGAGAAUCAAAACGGCGUUUCCGCUGUCGUAUUCGAGAAACAUUUUGAAGGAGCUUUUGAAAAGAUCAAGGCUUCCGUCUCACAGAAAGAAAAACACGUGUACGAAAACAUGCUUGAAAGAACAGGAAAAUAAGAAGGCAGUUUUCGUAUAUGGCGUAAUGUACAAGAAGAUCAACACAGUGGCGAAUUCAGGGCAGGUCAAAAUUCAUUAAAGCAUUUAAUUUUGUAUUCUUAAUACAUUAAGAACAACUUUGUUGGUAGGAAAUUUCUCAAGAAUAUAUAAUUAUUUAAAUUAUUACCAAUAACGUUUGCGAUAAUGUAGCUAGUUUUAAUUGGAAAUGUAUUUGUGGCGAAGUA